AUGCAAUCAUUUGUACAAAUUUCCAUCAAUUUCUCUGCCUUAAACCCUCUCUACAAUGAUUUUAACACGAAACACAGAAUAUUUAAGUUAAAAUUUUCACAACCCAUAAAUUACUAUUCUCUUUCGAGAACAAAGAUUGAAUCUUUGCGCAAAGACGGGUUAAAGAUAGGAGCUUUGAGGGAGAGAGUGUCGUUCUUCGGAGUGAGCAGGGGUAAAAAUGGGAUUUUAUCGAAGACGGGAAGGGUUUUUGUGGCGAGAUUCAAUAAGGGCUUUAAUAGUAUUGGCGGCGGCGGCGGCGGGAAGGUUAACAGCGAAACUGCAAGAGUUCUGGGGAAUCUUGCUUUGGCAAUUCUAUUGACUUAUCUCUCUAUGACUGGGCAAUUGGGUUGGCUUCUUGAUGCUAUUGUGUCCCUUUGGAUUCUCGCAGUGCUCAUACCAAUUGUGGGUCUGGGAGCUUUUCUCUGGUGGGCUGGACGUGAUAUAGUUCAGGGCAGUAAUGUUGAACAGUGUACCGUGAAUAAAGAGCUGUGGAAUGCUGCAAGACAUCUGAAAGAAACUACGUCCGGCCCUUGUACAUCCAACGCUAGUGAAUUGUUGUCUGUGUCUCCAUAG